AUGAGCAAAAGCAAAGUUGACAACCAGUUCUACAGCGUGGAAGUAGGUGACUCAACCUUCACAGUUCUCAAACGCUACCAGAACUUGAAACCUAUUGGCUCUGGGGCUCAGGGAAUAGUUUGUGCUGCAUAUGAUGCCAUCCUUGACAGAAAUGUGGCCAUUAAGAAGCUCAGCAGACCAUUUCAGAACCAAACUCAUGCCAAGCGAGCUUACAGAGAGCUGGUCCUCAUGAAGUGUGUGAAUCAUAAAAAUAUCAUCAGUUUAUUAAACGUCUUCACACCACAGAAAUCUCUGGAGGAGUUCCAGGAUGUCUACCUGGUAAUGGAGUUAAUGGAUGCCAAUCUGUGCCAGGUCAUUCAGAUGGAGCUAGACCAUGAGCGGAUGUCCUACCUACUGUACCAAAUGCUCUGUGGUAUCAAGCAUCUUCACUCUGCAGGAAUUAUUCAUAGGGAUUUAAAACCAAGUAAUAUUGUGGUAAAAUCUGACUGCACAUUGAAGAUUUUGGAUUUUGGACUGGCCAGGACUGCAGGCACCAGCUUCAUGAUGACUCCAUACGUGGUGACACGUUACUACAGAGCACCAGAGGUCAUCUUGGGAAUGGGCUACAAGGAGAAUGUGGAUAUAUGGUCUGUGGGAUGCAUUAUGGGAGAAAUGGUUCGCCACAAAAUCCUCUUUCCAGGAAGGGACUAUAUUGAUCAGUGGAAUAAAGUUAUUGAGCAGCUGGGAACACCCUGUCCAGAAUUCAUGAAGAAGCUGCAGCCGACGGUACGGAACUACGUUGAGAACAGACCCAAGUACACUGGCCUCACUUUCCCCAAACUUUUUCCAGACUCGCUCUUCCCAGCUGACUCAGAACACAACAAACUCAAAGCCAGCCAAGCCAGGGACCUUUUAUCCAAGAUGCUGGUCAUUGAUCCGGCCAAGCGAAUAUCAGUAGAUGAAGCCUUACAGCAUCCAUACAUUAAUGUCUGGUAUGACCCAGCAGAAGUGGAGGCGCCUCCUCCUCAGAUAUAUGAUAAACAGUUGGAUGAAAGGGAACAUACAAUCGAGGAAUGGAAAGAACUCAUCUACAAAGAAGUAAUGAAUUCUGAAGAAAAGACUAAAAAUGGCGUAGUAAAAGGGCAGCCUUCUCCUUCAGCACAGGUGCAGCAGUGAACAGCAGUGAGAGCCUCCCUCCAUCCUCAUCUGUCAACGACAUCUCCUCCAUGUCCACGGAUCAGACCCUGGCGUCGGACACGGACAGCAGCCUGGAAGCUUCUGCGGGCCCCCUGGGUUGUUGCAGGUGACUAGCCGCCUGCCUGCGAAACCCUGCCUUCUUCAGAGGAUGAUGGGAUUUGGG